GCUCACCAAGACCUACACAGGAUAGGCAGUUCGAAUACAGACCGGGUGAACGCGUCGCUUGCAAAGUUUCUUCGCCCACAAUUUAUUGCAGUUGAAGGUACAAACCGGCUCAAUUGUUGCUGGUUUUAACGGAAAAAAUCGAAAACCCUUUGAAGAGUGCCGACAAUUAGGGUUCGCUUUGAACACUUUAGCGUCUUUAGUAGUGAAGUUGUCAAGUGAGGAUCGCGAUGGCCGCCUCUCGAGAACCCAAAGUGUUCGAGGACAGCAACUAUCGCAAGAAAAUGUACUCGCCGUUGAAAAACGACGGUUUCGUGCCGGAAAAACACUCCGAACUGUUCGUGACUGGGAUUCCGCAGAAGAGCAGCAUCCACGAUCUUCUGCAGUUUUUCGAACAGAUCGGCGAAGUGUUCGAGAUCAAGCUGAUGACGAAACCGGACGGGGUGCAGAAUCGCGGCUUCGCCUACGUUACCUACAUGAACAAGCAGCUGGCCAAGAUGGCCCUGAUCAAGCUCAAAGACAAAUUGUUCCAGAACAAGACUAAAUUGAACCUGCAAUUGUCCGUGGACAAUUGCAGGAUCUUCAUCAACGGCAUUCCGACCAACAAGUCGCGAUACGACGUGCGGAACGUGCUUCGCUAUGACUAUCGGAUUGAGAACAUUGUCGAUGUGAUCACCUACAGGAGUUAUGCGAAUCCUGCCCAUAAUCGGGGCUUCGCCUUCCUGGAGUUUCGCACCCAUGAGGAGGCCUCGUAUUUUCGGGCAAAAUACUGGGACAAGCUGUAUAUGUUCGGCAAGAAGAUGUCGGUUACCUGGGCGAUUCCUCUUAAGGAGAUGGACGAGCACGAAGCCUCGAAGGUGAAAAUUCUGUUCCUCAGGAACCUGAAUGUAACGGAGCCGCCCGAAGACUUCACUCGCUUCAUCUACGACUUGAUUGAUCGCAGCUUAGUGGAUAAAGUCUACAAGUUCAAAGACUAUGCCUAUAUCCACUUGAGCACCCGGUAUAAUGCUGAGAAACUCUUCGCCAGCCUUCAAGGUAACCAUUGAUUCUGUAGAUCGUCA